UUGACGACGCUCAUUCGCUGUAUCCUGUCACGUGACUGGGCCAGCUCUAUACUUUGCCAGGUACAGGGGUGUCCCAGCACACAGUAAGUUAAGUAAGUCAUCAAAAACAUCUGAAAGUGAUGCUUGCACCCCCCACACGCCGUUUUUUGGUUUAUAUCGAUACUUUUUUCAGAAAAGUGAUGCCAAAUGAGUAGCGUGUGAGUAUCGAUAUAUCGAUACCACAGGAUCGAUACGCACAUCCCUACUGUGGAGUCAGCCGUGACGCAGCAUCCAGACUGGGAAAAAUAUACACAAAGAAAAAAAACACCUUAAAAGAGGAAUUAUCAAUUAUCGGAACAAUAAACCGCUCCUUUAAAUGACUUAAAAAUCGUGCAUCUUAAAACACCUCCCCGUGCCCUUUACCGGUCCUUGCUCAUUUGCAUAAAGACUUCCGCGCCCUCCCCCUGAAAGCGCGCGUCCGCCGGCGUUGGCAUGUGGACGUCAAGCCGCAGCGGACCUCUCGCCGCGGACGAGCCAGACAUGAAACGCCGUGCGGUCCUUCCAGAACCGGAAGAGGAACUCUGCGUUGCGUGUUUGUGUUGCCUCUCCCUUGGGGACGAUACGGCUGCUUUCUGUCUGAGGAGGAGGACCUGACGCGCACUAGUGUGGACACUGGAAGUACGCGCACGACUUGGCAACAACUCACGCGGCCUGUGGGGAUUUGGCUCUUUAGUCCACAAAAAAAUCUUGACGGUUUACAAUUGAUUUUUUCACCCCUUUUUUUUUCCGCCAGAUUUUACGCGGGGGCGAUUUCCGCGGACAAGCCGCCCUAUCAUGUGGAUGAUUUAGUGGACAGUUGAUAUGAUGGGGGAGCCUGCAGCGCGCAGACCCUCUCAAAGUACCUGUGGAAGGCAUUAGUUUCACGCGUGACGUUUAAUAACCACGAUGUGUGCUCCCUAAACUACAAUACUGCCCUUUUUUUUGUUUCCUUCUCAAAAUAUAUAUAUUUUUUUGCUCCAUGAUCCAGCAUCUUUAACCCACGGAUCUCUUCCUGCACCCACACACGUCCACUAUGUGCAACAUUCCCACGCUGCUCAAUGUGUUGCUACGUGGACUCGUCAUCUAUGCGGUACCGGGCUUCGUGGGCAGCUCGGCGGAUACUGGGAAUGCAGCCAUCCCAGACCCCUGCCUCAUUGUCGUACCUCCGUGCAUCAGCGAGGCCGACCGCUUCAGUCUGGUUUCACUGCGGAACAUCCACAAGCAACUGGAUGACGACAACGACGGUGGCAUCGAGGUGAACGAGAGUGUGGAGUUUAUAAUAGAAGACAUGAAGCAGCAUCACACCAACAAGCACAGCAACCUGCAUCGUGAGGACCAGCACAUAACUGUGGAGGAGCUUUGGAAGGGCUGGAAGACCUCUGAAGUCCACAAUUGGACCAUGGAGGACACGGUGCAGUGGCUGAAAGAAUCGGUAGAACUUCCCCAGUACGAGAAGAACUUCCGGGACUUCCACGUUACGGGCAACACGUUGCCACGAAUUGCCGCAAAUGAACCAUCCUUCAUGUCCAUGCAGCUAAAAAUAUUAGACCAGCGACAUAAACAAAAACUCAACCUGAAGGCGCUCGAUGCCGUUCUUUUCGGCCCCCCGCUCCGCCUUCAUCACAACUGGAUAAAAGACUUAAUCCUCAUGGUCUCCAUAGUGAUCGGGGUGGGGGGCUGCUGGUUUGCCUAUGUGCAGAACAAGUCCAGCAAAGUGCACAUCUCCCAAAUGAUAAAGGACCUGGACAGCUUGCAACACGCUGAGCAAAGCCUCCUUGACCUGCAGGAUCGUUUGGAAAAGGCUCAAGAAGAAAAUCGCAACGUGAUUGUGGAAAAGCAGAAUCUGGAACAGAAGAUGAGGAAUGAGAUCACCGGUGCCAAAAAGGAAGCUCACAGACUCCGGGAACUGCGACAGGGUGCUGAAUGUGAGCUGAGCCGGCUCAAAUACGCAGAGGAGGAGCUCGUGCAGGUACGAAAGGCCCUGAAGCGAGCCGAGAAGGAGAUGCAAUCAGAGCACUCGCUGCCGGAAGCGCUGCAGAAGUGGCUACAGCUCACGCAUGAGGUGGAGGUUCAGUACUACAACAUCAAAAAGCAGAGUGCAGAGUUUCAGCUGUGUGUCGCCAAGGACGAGGUACCACCAUUCAGCGUUCACUGGAUAUUCUCCUUUCCCUCUCUCUCUCUAAGCUUUUCAUUUUUGCAUUUCCAGGCGGAGAAAAUUAAGAAAAAGAGAAGUUCCGUCUUUGGGAUUCUUCAUGUAGCACAUAGCUCUUCACUGGACGAGGUGGACCACAAGAUACUUGAGGCCAAGAAGUCGUUGUCUGAGGUGACGGCGUGUCUGAGGGAGCGUCUGCACCGCUGGCAGCAGAUCGAGAGGCUCUGUGGCUUCCCUGUCGUCAACAACUCGGGGCUGCCAAAUCUUACGGCCAGUCUCUACUCCGACCACAGCUGGGUGGUGAUGCCGCGCGUUUCCGUCCCCCCAUACCCAAUUGCCGGUGGGGUGGACGACCUGGAUGAGGACACGCCCCCCAUCAUUCCACAGUUCACAACCACGUUGAUGCGGCCCUCUCUAAAGCGCAACAGCAGCAUGUGUCGCUCCCGCCACGGCCCCCUCAGCUCGCCGCCAUCCACGCUGAUGUCACCCGACCCCGACCUGCUGUCCAUGGCCAGCCCGUCCCCCAGCUAUCACCUUGAAGCAGAUGACGAACAUGUCGGCAGGAGGGGGGAUGCCUCCCAGGAGGGCAGCUCUGACACAGACUCCUUAAACUCAUUGAUGGGCCGAAAGCCGCUGCACAGUCCCGGCUUCAAGACCUCAGAGACUCUUUACCGCAAGAUCUCCCGCGAAGAGAUGCGGCUGUUCAACCAGAGCCAAGAGUUCCCCGCCUCCAUCACCAGCAACAGCAGGGACUCCGCCCCCCCUUCUCUGCCUCCCACACCAGCCACCACCCCCUCAGGCCCGCCGUCCACCUCGCCCUCACCUGCCUUGGAGCAUCACAUGUUUGCACACAGAGGCUCGCCAGACCUCACCCGCGUCUCUCCGGAGAGCCAGCUAGUCCACCAGGGGGGCUCCCCGACGGGGAAGGGCAUAUACAACGGCAUCCUGGAGAAGUCGUACAGCUUUGGCCAGCUGCCCGCAAACAUGCUGCCCGUCGUGGGCCGCUACCCGUCCCUCACCUCCCUGGACUCGGAGGGCCGGAGCCUGGGACGUCAUCACAAGUUCCAGAGCACCUCCUCACAAGACUCCAGCGACACUGGAGAGAAAUUCAAGCGCUCCUCUUCUAAAAUCAAAGGCUUAUUUAAGAAGAAGAAAUAAAAAGAUAGCGUGUGUGAGAGCGAUAGAAUAUAUUCUAAUAAAACAAGGACAUCAGUGAAGCUAUCGUUAAAAAAAAAAGGAAGCUCUCUUUCUCAUCAACAACGGAAUGUAGCCCAGUCUGGUUGCCCCAGAACGGUCGCCUUAUUUUUCACUAAUGCCUUUUUCUUGUUUAGUUCACUAAGAGGUCAACCUUCUUUUUUUAUUUGUUAUUUUUAUUGUGACCUCAUUUUAUGGAGGUGUUUAUUUAUUUCCAAGCACAUGCAUGCAACGCUUUCUGUUGCAGCACACUCCUUGAUGCAUCAGAUCAUUGCUGUUCACUUGAUUUAUUCACCUUGGUGAAAAAAGAAGUCUGUUGCACUAUAUCUUGGGGAAGAGUUGAAGGUCACCCAAGCAGCAGCAUGGAGGCACCCUGAGCCAAAAGGAUGUGCCGCCACUUUAAUGCUGCCGUUCAUCUUAAUAUAUACCUGUAUAUAGACAAUGUUUUCUUAGUAUAAGAUGUGUUUAUAGGUUUA